AUGUACGUUGAGCAGCAACAAGAUAUUGUAGAAGGUCCUGAACAAAACCAAUAUUCGCAACUCUCGCGGCCCUCCAGAUGCAGCACUUUAGCCACUACACUGAUCUUGCUCUCAAUGAUCAGCAUCAGUGUAGGAUUUUCUAUUGCAGACGUCGAUUCAAUCGAUCAGGUUUCGACAAAACAAUCCGUCGUGGUCGAACAUCCUAACAAACGAAUACACCGUGCACUAUCUCGUGCCGAUGAACCAGAUGACCGUGGUUACUUCAACGUUUAUAUUCGUGAAUCCUGUCGCGAUGGGCGCUACAAUCCAUACAAAGAAAUUCGCUUUCCAUACGCUCGAUACGAACGUCAACGACUUCGAUAUUCGCCAGCUUGGAUUCGGUUUUCCCGAUGGAUGCCGAUCUACGUCAACCGAUUCACUCGCCAUACGAUGCUUUAUUCAGGAAAUGGAGUGUAUAUUUUACCUCCAUUGAUUAACUACAACUCAAAAAUGAUUUCCGUCGCCGAAUUGAUGGCCUAUGGUUACGCGACACUGAUAAAUACAGGUGUCCCAAUGCCAUCUCAAUUCAACAUAGCGUACUAUGCAGUAUCUGGUUCAUACUACAUGCGAGGUAUGCCGCGUUUCAAUCCAGCCACGAGAGCCUUCAUGGGUGGAGUACAAGCUCCAUCUCGCUCAGAAUAUAAUCCCGACUGCGACAGCAGCUAUGAAGAGCACACCGGUGAUGAGCAACCCUUAGGUUAUGGCACUGAACAAGACGAUCAGCCAGACACACCGAACACCUACGAACAAGGUUACGACCCAGACAACCAGGAACCCUCCAGAUAUUCCGGAAGAGAUCCCGACUACAACUACGAGUAUCCUGAUCGAGAUCACUACCACUACCGACCCAGACAUCGUCCAACAAGACGCCGUCCAAGUAAGUAUAAUAAACUUCACUCAUAA